AUGACUUCUUCCCGAGAAACCCUCCCCAACAACCUCCCCCUCAUCUCCCGGCACAUAACCUCGCACACCCCAUCCGGCCAAACAACAUUCGACAACAGCAGCAUCCCAGCUUCCCUCCCCUGGAAACAACUCUCCAACGGCGCGCGCUUCUCCCUCGCCUACGCCACAAACACCACCCCGGCCCCCCUCAGUUCAAACGCCGACCUAACCACCUACAGCCACUAUCUAACCAACCUUCCGGGAAUAACCAUCCCCGGCGGCACGGUUCUGCGCAUCGUAGACAUGAACCCGGGCGCAACAUCGCCCAUGCACCGCACUAUCAGCCUCGACUACGGCGUUGUGCUUGAGGGCGAGGUCGAGCUGAUACUCGAUUCCGGGGAGAGCAGGUUAUUGAGGCGCGGGGAUGUUGCGGUGCAGAGGGGGACGAAUCAUGCUUGGAGAAAUGUUAGCGAGGAUACCUGGGCGAGGAUGCUGUAUGUUUUGCAGGAAGCGGAGGAGGUGAGGGUUGGUGGGGUUGCUCUGGGUGAGGAUUAUGGCGGUGGGAUGGAUGAUGUUAGGGCUUCGGGGAAUUGA